GUCUAUUCAUCAUUCAGCAAGAUGCUCAAACUAAUAACACUGCUGGGUUUUAUUUUUAUCGGCGUUAACGGCGAUGCGACUCGCCCCAUCAUCAGCACCACCGGUGGACAAAUUCAGGGAGUGACCGCUAGCUGCGGGUUAUUCUGUAGCUACUUUUCAUUUUCGGGAAUUCCGUAUGCCGAGCCUCCGGUAGACGAGCUGCGUUUCCGUAACCCUGUGAAGCACAGAGGCUGGGAUGGUGUUAAAGAUGGAAGUGAGCAUCGAGCGUCAUGUCCGUCAGGAGCGACAGUUGGUGAUGGAUAUUCAGGAAGUGAGGAUUGUUUAUUUCUGAAUGUCUACACACAGAACAUACUCGGAUCGCGACCGGUUAUGGUGUGGAUUCAUGGUGGCUCGUUCACCGGAGGUUCUGGUAACUCAUGGAUUUAUGGACCAGACCAUCUGGUACAGGAGAAUGUAGUGAUUGUCACGAUCAAUUAUCGCCUUGGAAUCCUAGGUUUUUUCAGUACUGGUGACGGGCACGCUCAGGGUAACUGGGGUAUGAAGGAUUGUGUAGAAGCCCUACGGUGGGUUCGUGAUAACAUCGCAGCUUUUGGCGGUGAUCCGAAUAACGUUACAAUCUUUGGAGAGAGUGCCGGCGGAGCUGCUGUACACUAUCUGGUGCUAUCUCCGAUGGCCGCAGGAUUGUUCCAUCGUGCAAUCGCUCAAUCGGGAACUGCUUUGGUUCCUUGGGGAUUCCAGUAUAAUCCUCGUGAGAUGAGUCUUCGUGUUGCAAAUGCCUUCGGUUAUCCAACGAAUGACAAUGCGGAACUGGUCCGUCGUCUUCGCUACACACCUAAGGGCGAAUUCGUCAGAAUUCAGGAAGGAUGGACGGAUAUUCCCAUCCCUCGCGGGUUCCAACCGUUUGAAUUUGUUCCAACAGCUGAGCCAGCAAAUUCACCGGAGGCGACUUUCUUGACGCAGAGACCAAUUGAUAUGCUCAACACUGGAAACUUCAACAAGGUUCCAUUUAUCAUUGGUUACAACGAUGCGGAGUCCUUGUUCAUGAUUCACGAGCAUCGGAUUGACUCCACUGUGUGGAAUGAAUUCUCCAGAAAUCCUCAUUUCUUUGUUCCACAUUUCUGGAACAUUCCAGUAGGUACGGCUGGAUCUAGUGCAGUCAGCGAAGGAUUCCGUCAAUUUUAUUGGCAAGAUCGCACUCUUGGACCGGAUAUCAUGUUAGAAUGGACUCAAUUCCACACGGAUCAGCAGUUCAUCUUCGCAAUUGAUAAGACUGUUCGGUUAACUGCUCAGCAUAAUACCGCUCCGACUUUCUACUAUCAGUUUAGCUUCGACGGUGAUCUAAAUCUGGUCAAACGACUACUUCUGCUGUCCUCUUGGCCAGGUGCCAUGCACGCCGAUGAACUACCGUAUAUGUGGUUGAUGUCUAACUUCCCGAUUACGCCGAUCCUGCCAGGAAACCCCGCACUCGCUGUUCGUAGCCGGAUGGUGCGUCUAUGGACGAACUUCGCCUUGCACGGUAAUCCAACGCCAAACUCCGAUACGAAUCUGCAGAACAUUAACUGGGCUCCGGUCCAGAAUGGAAACAUGGCAUUUUUGGAUAUUAACACUAACUUGGUACCUGGGUUCAACCCAAAUCAGGCCCGCAUGGCUACCUGGAAUAAUCUCGAGACGAACUACGCCAACAAUCCGUUCGAGUUUCCAAUGUCGUAAGAAUGGUUAUAAGUGAGAUAGAAUAAACUGAUAUUUUUAAUACAGAAUAUUGAGUUAGGGUAACUGAUACACGAGCAGAAACAUUGACAAUAAACCAAAUAUUGUCCAAUAUAAUGAACGUGUAAGUGUGCAGAUGAAAUGUUACAAUGAACACCUUAUUGGAGCAGGCCGUAGCACACAGUUCAAAAACUGGAAAGUUCAUUUUAAUUAUCAUUAAAAUUUAAUUUUAACUAUAAAAUAUUCAAUGGACUCACUUAAAUGGUAUUCUCGCGUUUUCUCCAUCUGACAACAUUUUGGCAUAAGCUUUAAUAAUCAUAACUUGUAGCAAAAGAUCACCGCUCUGGACGUUCAAAAGAUAAAUCUUC